AUGCCUCAUGUAAUGACUUCUCUAAUUCUCCCGCAAAUCUCUCGUGACUCUCUCGACGACGGUCUCGUUCCCCGACUCUUCUCGUCGGCCUUUCUCGUCGGCCUUUCUCGGCUGUCUUGUAGCGCCGCGAUCCGUAACGGUCGCCUGCGGGUGCUCACGCACAUGACGACGAUGUGCCGACCGAUCGUGGCCUCUCCUGUCUCUCUCCCGUCUGGCCUCUUCCUAUCUAUCUAUCUAUCUAUCUAUCUAUCUAUCUAUCUAUCUAUCUAUCUAUCUAUCUGCCCCACAUACACGUUUUAUUACAUUCUUUCUUUCUUUCUUUCUAUCUUUCUAUCUAUCUAUCUAUCUAUCUAUCUAUCUAUCUGUCAUUUCCUUGAUCAGUUGGCGGAAAUCUGGAGAUCGAAACUUUCUUCAACAUCACCUGAAUCUGAUAGUUUCAGAUGCAGUUUUGAAAAUAGUUUGUUUCUGAAUAUAUCCAUCACUUAUUUUUCAUAUCUAUCUAUCUAUCUAUCUAUCUAUCUAUCUAUCUAUCUAUCUAUCUAUCUAUCUAUCUAUCUAAUAUUUUAUUUACAUUCGUCUAUCCGAUUUAAUGGUUACUUAAGUCGAAAUACGAUGAUAGAUUGA